CAAAUGUGGAGAGCCACCUGUCCUUCUCUUUACUCUCUAGUGUAAUAGGAAAAAGAAAAAAAAAAAAACCCAAAAAAAAAAAUCAAAGAGAGGCGAAGAGGGAGAAAGAAAUUUCCUUUUUCGCAGACAUUUGAAUAUAUCCUUCACCCUCCCCGAUUUGAGUCGUAAUAAUGGAGGGGGUAGGGGCGAGACUUGGGCGGUCCUCCACUCGAUACGGACCGGCCACGGUGUUCAAUGGACCGGUGAGGAAGUGGAAGAAGAGAUGGGUCCACGUUUCCCCAUCUAACAACAACAACAACAAUCACUCUCAAAAUCACCACAUCCCCACCAACACCAAUGCUGCCACUAACGGUAAUAACGGUUCUCAUCUCCUGCUUUACAAGUGGACCCCAUUAACUCAAAGCAACAAGGACAACGCCAAUAACUCUAAUGGCAAUAACGCCAAUGGCGACAAGAAUUCCCUUAAGGAAGACGUUACGUCGCUGCCGGAGGAGCCUCCUAAGCGUAAAUUCAAAUAUGUUCCGGUUUAUUUGCUAGAGGAACAGAGAGAAGAGGCUGCAGAGAAGGUUGAAGACGAAGCUAAACUGAGUGAUACUGAACCAAUUGCAGUGGAGCCAAUUCCAAAGGGUGAUAGUUUUGAUGAGAAACCUAACAUUAAUGACGUACCUAUGGAAGAAACUCAGGAUGAUAGUCAAGUGAUGCGACAAGAUCUGAAUGAAAGCACUUUGGAUUUGAGCCUGGGGUUAAAGUCGCAUGAUGACAACUCGGAUUCAAAACCAGAUCAGUUGAGAGAUGGGCAGUUGGAAAGAGUGAACUCAAGUAGUGUUGGAACGUGAUUGGAGGUUUUCCCUAGAUUACUUGACACAGCAUAUGAGAAGAAAACAGCCUAUUGUUUGUUACUGAUUUGGAGUCAAUUUUCUCUAUGAUUUUCUAUUUGGCCACCAACUGUAUUAGGGAAAAUAUACUCGAGAUUACAAUGACUUUUUUUUUUUCCCCAUUAUUGAACAAUUGAUAUUUUUUUCCUCGCUUA